GUCAUAGCUUAUGACAAUAAACGCUUAAUUAAGUUGUGUUUCCAAAUGGGGCCUUAGUAUUUUGAUGUUUUUCCCGAUAAAACUGAUUAGUUUGCUCCACUCUCAUUGUACUGUUCUUGCUCUCCCUGUAGCAUUCACUCCCGCACUCGUUCUCGCUCUCUCGUGGCAAAUCCUUCUGGUUUUCAUGCAAGCUUGGUUUAUAAUUCCGCUGCAGAUCUCCUCACUUUGUCAAUUCCUUAAUCGGCGUGCUGGAUAUUUACAGUUGAGAGUUUUAAGACUAACAGGAAUCAUUUUCCCUGCUAAUUUGAGCCUUGAGGGAAGAAAUUAUAAGCAACCACUCGAAAUAGGGAGGGUUGUCAAGAUUAGAAGUUGGAAUUGGAGAUGAAGUAAUUUGAUUAGCUAACUCAUUCUUGUCAAGCCAAAGACCAUCGAAAGGGAGAAGGUCCCGAAAUAAUUUGAUUUCUCCACC